UCCCCAGUCCCCCUUCUUCCCCCGCCGCUCCCCAAUCAGAAACCCUAGCGAGGGUUCUAGAAUCUUCCGGAUCAGGAACGGAGCCCCUCCCCUCCCCCCUCACCCCGACGAUGGCCGACGGAGCGCUGCUCGACCUGCUGCCCCAGAUCCACGCCCUCUUCUCCGACCAGCUCCGCGUGAUUUCAUACAAAUGGCUUAGUCGGAAUUUUUCUGUAUCAUCAAAUGAUGCCAAGAGAUUGCUUCAGGAGUUUGUCAACAAACAUGGAGCUGAUCACCAAGUGAUUUACAGUGUGUCUGGGUGGUUAAAGAACAAUCCCGAAAAUUAUUGCGUAAAACUCACUUCUGGCCCUAAACUUGAAGAAGCAAGGCAAACAUUUAAGGAUUCUUGUUCAGUUCAGGUUUACAGUAUCCAGGCAUGUAUUCCAAAAGAUACUGCUGUACUUUGGAAUCCUGAAUUCGUGCAGGCAGAGGAGCUUUUCAACCAGCCAUCUGACAAAGAGAAUUGCUUGAGAGAUAAUAGGUUUUGUGGUGUUGUGAAUUCUUUUGUCAAGCGGACUACCAAUGGGAAGCAAGUGAGCUCAAUGCCUCCGAAGCCUAUGAAUAGUGUUGUAGCACCUGCACUGUCAAAACCUAGUACUGCUCCAAAAGAACAGUCUUCUAUUGCUCGACAGCAACAUCUACCUGAACCAUCCAAUCCAGUGAAAGGAACAAGCAUUAAGGCUGAGAAAGAUAAUGCUCCAGUCUUGGAUAAAACUGUUAACGCUCCUGCUGUCAAAGAACCAUCAGUUGCUGCAAAUUCAAAUAAAGCCAAAGCUCAGAACGGGAAGAAUGCGCCCAGUAAUGGUGGAUCCCUGGCUACAAUGUGGGGCCGUGCAUCAGCAAAACCCAAGGCUCCAGCUGUCACUAAAGUUACAGAUGUGCCAAGUGUUGCUGUUACAGCUGAUGCACAGAUAUGUGCAAAAGAAGAAGCAGAUGCUGAUAGCAGCGAUGAUGAAAGAAGUGCACACUACAAGCGGGCCUCCAGUGGUGCAAGUAUCAGAAAGAGAAGAGCAAUCUUUGAUUGUUCAGAUGAUGAUGACGAUGACGAUUUUGAAGCCAUUGCAACUCCAGAGCCAGCAAAACAGUGUGCCAAGAAAUCUGUCACUGAAGCUGCUCAAGACAAUAAAUCAGAACAGAAGAAACUGGAAAUCAAGCAGGAGACAUCGAGUGAUGUGAAAGCCUUCACAAACGGGACAGAUUCUGAAUUGGCUUCUGAAUGUAAGACUAAAAGCGACAAUGGUAUCAGCCAUUCUGGGAUUACCUUAAAAGAAAAGAGCAACGAUCCACCGACUGAAGGAAACAAGAAGGAUAAUGCUCCCGAGGCUGCUUCUACCUCACCAAAAAGAAGGAAGGUCUUGAAGACACGUAUAGAUGAGCGGGGCAGAGAAGUAACUGAGGUUGUCUGGGAGGGCGAAGCUCCUGCAAGUGAUAAGGCAGAGAAAAAUGCGACCAAUACGGAUGCCCCAACUAGGCCAACUCUUCCAAGCAAGCCACAGCCAGCAGCUAACACUGAGAGAACCAAUGCUUCCAGCAAGACGGCAGCAGGCAGCAAGAAACCUGGCAAGGCUGCUGCGCCCAAGCAAGGGAAGAACAUAAUGUCAUUCUUCAAGAAGGUAUAAUAAGCCCGUUCAUUUAUCUGAUGAAGCUAUCGAGCAAACCGUCUCCGUCAGCACCGGGACCUCAGCCACUGCAUGAAUCAAGCACCCGCGACAGCUGAACUCGCUCUACCUGAAUAUCACCUCGAACAAGGACGUCCUCACCAAGCGGCUGUACCUUGUUGCUUUUCUUCUAUGGAAGCUGUAGCAUUUUGUUUUGUACUAGUAGUUAGUACUAUUGAUUUGUCUUUUAUCGGAACUGAAGAUAGCUAAACCACGCCUUGCUGCGUGGUAGGUAGUACUCCUGUUGUGUUAACUGCGUAGGCAUAUAUGGUUCAGAAUUCAGCGGUUCU